AUGGCAUCAACCCAAACCUUACAGGGGCUUUCCAAGCCUAGACUCAUCUACCGAGCCCCAGAGAACUCUGAAGAGGACAUUGCAUUUUUCUAUGAUCUUAUUAACGACCCCACAAUCCAAACACUGAGCACUGGACGUCUCCCGCGCCCAUCUCACAAAAAGUCCGCAGAGGAGUUCAUCAAAAUGCUCCAAGACGCCAUUCUAGGGGUGGUUAUAUGCCUCCCUCAGAAUUCCGCCGAAGCAGAAACAACUUCUUCAACUGAGACCCAAGUCUUGGGCCAGCCUGUUCAGAGUUCCAAGCCAGUUCCAAUCGGCCACUUGAGCCUUUUCAGCGUGACUGGACCAGGCUACGCUCAUCAUCGCAAUGCGAUGAUAGGAAUCUCACUUGCGGACGGGUUCCGGGGCAAAGGAUACGGCGGGGAAGCUAUUAACUGGGCACUGGACUGGGCAUUUCAACAUCAUGGACUGCAUAGAGUCUCUAUAGGCGCGUUUUCGUUCAACCGCGAUGCAUUGAAGCUUUACAGAAAGCUUGGAUUUGUGGAUGAAGGUCGUGAACGUGAGGCAGUUUACCAUCGUCGUGCUUGGCAUGAUAUUGUUAGUUUGUCUAUGCUGGAGCAUGAGUGGGAGGUGUUGAGAGGAAUGGUGCCUAUUCAAUCAGAUCCCACGCCUCAGCCUUCCUCCUGA